AGCAUUUAAUGAAAAGUCGAACAAAAGAAUCAUCACACCACUAACUAAAUAAACAAAUAAUGAAAACAAAAUUAAAUUGUAUCCGUUGUCGAAUAAAAACAAAGAAAUGUCUUCUUCACUCCAGUUGAACCGCAUUAACAUUCUUCAACUUAACCAAUGUGACAGUGAAAAACUACGUUUCCUCUCUCCAUCACCGUCGUCACCACCAUCGCUAGUGGCAGUUACUUCGGCAGCACCCAAACCGCCUACAACAACUCCAUCAGCCUCAGUAGAGGACAUAGACAAUGCAAAUCACAUUGGGAGCAUACAAAAUGAUAACAAAACGUGGAACAACCACCACCAGCACCAUCGUCGUAGUCGUUGUAAUGAUUGUCACCACACUCGUGGUGAGAUUCCAUGCAACUUUGAGUGGAGUUGCGAUGUAACCGCCACAAAGGGUUCUAUUUACACUCCACUGCCACCACCGCCGCCACCGUCGCCUCCCGUUUCAGCCCCCAAUAAAAAUGGACAACAUAACGACAAAGUGGGCAUUUGUGAGGGUACGGAUGUGUUUGAUGGCGAGGGUGUGGGGAAUGCAGGAGGCAACAACGGCAUCAGUAUCAACAGCACUUGCAAAGGUAUUUGUUGUGCUGUUGUCGAGUCGGUUCAGUGCGCAUCCGCACUUGUGGACGACUCUCACCAUUAUGAUGGCAAUGGGACAUUGACAACUACAGUGGACUCGAAUUUCAAAUGUGUAUCGACAUCAGUGAGCGGUAAUGGUCGGGUAACAUGCGCAGUUCUGCCUCAACCACGUCCGUUGGAAUGCGUUCAUAGGCGCUAUCGUCGCAACGAACGUCUAGCAACGGAAACAGCUCCAACAGCAUCAUCGAUCCAGGAGCCAUCACAAGCAGAAGCAGACAAGCACAUUGGUAAACACUUGAGCCAGGCCAGCACCAGUACCAGCACUAGCACCAGCAAUAGCAAUAGCAGAACUUUAGCCCCCAACACCUAUACCACCACCACCAGUGCUGCUGCCGCCACCACCACCACUACCAGUUGGGCAUCGACGUCGUCGGUUAGUAGUCCACCAUCAGUGCAGGAUUUUGCAAAAUGUCUAACAGCUGAAGAAAAAGCAUCAUCUCCUCCAACAAGGACUGAAAAUUCCCUGGCUAAAGGUCCACUUUCUGCCAAUUCGUGUGAUUUUGUGUUAAGUGAACUUUAUUUCAGUCCGUUUGGUGAUAUUUUUUGCUAUAAUUUAAAUCCGUGUCUAGUUUUUGGUGCAGAAACAGAAAAAAAUAAAACAGAAGCUCUGCAGGCCCUCCUAAUCGAUUCUUUGGGCCAUUUUUGUCAUCCGAAAAGAAUUUUUCUUGUCGCCAGCCAGAGCUCACACUCCCAGUGGUUUUCGUAUUCUUCGUCGUCGUCGGUGGUGACUGAUCCGAAUUCGAAUUCGAGUGUACCUACUAAUCGAGUUAGUGUUGCUCCAUCAACGGGGCAAAAGUUUAACUAUCUUAUUCUAAGUGCUUCUAAUCUAAAUAAUACUCUUUGGUUUAUUAACAACGAAUUGGUUAAUAAUUUAAACGAAAAUCUCUACUUUCUUCCAAUACCACCAUCUUCUCCAAUACCAUCAACACCAACACAAACGCCAUCAUCAUCACCAUCACAAUCGUCGUCAUCGUCAUCGAAAUCAUUACCAGGAGAAUCCGAAGCAGGAGCAAGUAAUACAUGUUGCAAAAGCUUAAGGCUUCCACAAUUUCCAGUUAAAGAGGAGCAGCCAUCAGAAUAUCAGAGCGAGAGCAAAGAAAAAGGAUACAAAUACGGCGACGGCUAUAAAAACCGAAAAGCUGGCGACGGAUCCCGUCGUCGACAACCAUCGCUUAUUGCUCUUCCGACAAACAACGACAACAACCAAUAUUACGACCAAAAAGUCAUCACAUCUCCUGCGAGGUGUAAUGCUUAUACACAACAAAAAGCUCCUCAUUCAUUGUUAAAGGUUAGUGAUGUAAAAAGGGAAUUAUUAUUAUUCAACAAAGGCAGCUACAAUAAUGAUAACGGCAACAAUAAUGACAAUAAACAACAAUGUUAUGGUAGUAGUAGUAACUGCACUACAACAACAACUACAACAACAACAACAGUUCCAACAACAACAAAAAUAACAAUAAGACCUGUCAACUGUGCCAAAAACGUCAGCACCAGCUUUAACAGUAUCAGCAGCAGCCAUUUUGUUGAAAAUGAUGAUGAUGAUGCAUUCCAAGCAAGUCAACGCUUAAAACGUCUAGAAGAAAACUUCAAAGAUUUGACAGUUGUGCGAAAGUCUAAUUCGCGGCAGCCAUCAUCUCUGUUUGCGAAAAACUCAAAUAACGGUAUUGUUUCAUUCGAAAAUCGAUCGGCCACAAAUACAUCUACAGACAGAGAAUUAACGAGGUCAUUAAUUGAUGAAUUGCAGUCAUUCUCAAUCAAAGACGACCAACAUAAAGAAGAUACAGAAAACGUCAAGAACUCAACAAAACCAUCAUCAUCUAAUUAUUCUUCAUCGUCGUUGUCGUUGUCGUUGUCGUGUGGUGAUUGUGACAGCAACAUAAAUCUUUCUCUUUCUUUAGAGGAUGACAAAAAAGGAAAAAGCUUAUCCAUCGCCAAUACUAACACAACAUUGAAUAAUGAUGUAAUUAUAAAUAUUGAAAGCAAUUCUCCAAUAAUAUCACCAUCUUCGUCAAUAGUUAUAAAUAACUAUUUAAGUGAUAACAAUAACAAUUUAAAUUUAAAACAAAAAAGUGACAGUUGCUGUCAUUUCUCCAACAACAACAAUAAUACCAGCAACAACCAUAAUAACGAAUAUCAUAUAAGUUAUAAUUCAUUUGUAAAUAAUAAAAAGAACACCAACAACAAUAAUAAUAAUAAUACUAAUUGUCAUUUAAAACCUAAAAAGAGUGCUUUAAGAUCGUCGUUGUUGGGAAAAAAUAAAGAUAUUUUUUACAUAAGUCGACCCGUGCCAUCGAUAUCCGAAUUCGAUGUUCGAAAUUUGAAUAAUAAUAAUCGCAAUAAAAUAAAUCAUUUCUCGGACGAAUCAGUGACAUUUGAGUGCUACGACGAAUUAUUUGACGAAGAAGUCGACGAAGAAGAAGAAGAAAUUCGAUCGCGUUCAUCUCCAUUAGUAACUUCUGUCUUAGUCGAUGACAGUUGUAAUUGUUUGACAAGUGAUAAUGAUGAAUGUCAUGAUGAAAACAACGAAAACGCGUGUGAAUGUAAUUUCUGUCAAAAGUGUCGUUUGAUAAAUAAUUCCGAAACUUCGGAAACUUCGAACGAAAUCAGAAUCAAACACGAAAAAGAAAACAAAAAUAACAAUUCUAUUCUCCAUAGAAAUAAUAAUAAUAAUUAUUACAACUACUGCUAUCCCCCACUUUCCCAGCUGAGUGAUUGUUCAAUUGAAGUUCGAACAUCAUCGAGCAUAGCAGCAAAUCCAGAUCGAUCGACGUCGACGAAUAAUAAAAAUUUCGAUAUCGAAAUGCGUGAAAUAAACGGUCAGUUGCGUGGUUUGCUUAAAAAACCAAAUCGACCGCCACCGACUCGUAAAAAUCGUGUCGUGUUCGAUGAGACGCGUAAUGAAUUUUUUGAAGCCGAUUAUAUUAUUUUGAUUCGUGAGGAUUGCGCCUACGAUGAGGAGGACGAGGAGCCAUGCACUUGCGGCGAACAUGAAUUGGUGCGGCUAUGUUGUGAAGAGGGCUGUCAGUGCAAUUAUACAAACGAGGACACUCGGACACCUCAGAGUCCGAAAUUUGCACCGCCAAUUGAUUUUGUGGACGAAGCCGCACUAAGCCCACCCGACGGCUACAAAGACAAUGGGCUGAAAAACUCACUUGGCGGUGCCCUUAGUGGGCACAUUUUCGGUGCACAGCAUAUUCAGCAAUUGCAAGUUAUUCAACGCUUACAACAGCAACGUGCCGCAAUGCUGGCGGCUAGAAAUAGCAAUCCAACACAAUCGCAGUCACCACUCCCACCCUUGGCACCAACAGCAGCGGCACCAGGACAAGUAGCCGUCACUGCCGCAGCCGCCGGCCAACAACAACCCUCAGGACCAGUAGUUGCUCAUGCUACUGCACAGCCACUACCACCCCAUGCACCAUCAGGAGUUGCCAUACAGCCCCAACAGUCACCGCAGCCAAACCAACUACAGCCACAUUCACCAGAUGACGAUUCACAGCCCGUAUGCACCGAAUGUGCCGAAUGUGUAGAAUGUGCAGCUAAACAAUUGCAGGACUCAGAAUGCACCUCGCCACAAUGCCAAGAAGAAGUCGCACAGCUUAGUGUUCCAACGGUGGCGUUAGUGCCAUUGCACAGUAACUCACCUGAAAGACGAAUUACACAAAAAGAAAUUAUUGCAGGUGAAGAACGUCCCAAAUAUGUACUGCAAGCUCAAUAUAAGCCCGUAUCCGAUGAAAAGGAUAAAAUUAUAUCUGUUCAUAAGAAUCAAAGAUUUGUUGUUGAAACUAUAACAAUGACUACAGUCACAGAAAGACGAAUCGUCCGGGAAGCCACCGAGGACAUAACGACCACAUCGACAGCGCCCGUUAGUCUCCAGACGGCUGAAGUUACAGCGCCAUCUAUCAUCACCUCCGCCGUCGCCGCUGCUACCACCGGUAUCAUUGCCGCACCAGUUGCAGCGCCAGCUCUACCAACAGCACAUCCACAUCCUCAUCCACAUCAAGCCAUCAACAGUGUGAGUGUGAGUGAAUCUACCGAACUAAUCCCUGAGCCAAAGCCACCGAUUCCACCAAAGGAGUCGUCCCCAACAACACAGAUAAGUGGCAUUCUGAAGGGUGGCAAACUAUGGAAGCAGGAAUCUAUAAGUCAGUCCGAUGAUAUGAACACCUCCUCCGAAGAUGACGCAAAUGCCAAAAGAUCUGUUCGUUUUGUAACAGAAGAUGCUUUAGCUAUUUCCCGUGAUGGUGAUGGCCAAGCCGCUCCUGAUAGUCCCGAACACGAUAGCCAAAUUAACGAAUUAAUUCCUAUAAAGAAACAUUCGACUUUGUUCACAAAUGCUCUGCGACCAAAUUCAGCUGUACGUCAGCUCUUCCCGAGUUCUGUGCACCAAACAUCGUCCAUGUUAACACAUGAGGCUCUGCGAGCUUUUGAUGAAUCGAAACGUGCUGGUAAUUUACUGCCAAAUAUGGUUGGUGGUAAUCCAGGAGAUACGGAUUCGGUGCGUAGAAGUAUAGAAAGGAAUAUCCUAAGAAGGUCGUUGAUAAAAAAAAAAGCAAUCAAAUCAGAUAUUUCUCUUGAAGAACGUAUCAAGCAAUUGACAUGUGACAUUGAUGAAUCGAACGAAGAUCCAGGUCAAGACUCUAACGAUGAAAAUGGCAAAAUGAAUUUAUAUAAUGGCGAACCAGCUGCUCAUCGGGAUAGUCCAACUGGGGAAGAAAAUCCAAAUCAAAAAUAUUCCAACGAUAAAAGUUUCUCACCAAGUUCUUCGGUUUCCAGCUCUUCCAGUGGUUCAUCAUCUGCGUAUAAGAAAAUUUCCGACAUAUUCAAUAGGGAUAAGAAGCAGGAGAAGAUUAUGGAAAUGGAGGAGAAUCCAAUUGUCAUUAUACCUCAGGUAAAGGAAUGUCGUUGCCCAGCAGCUCCCGACUUGGGUAUGGGUAUUCAAGUUCCUGUCGUUCAUACACAAAUUCAUCGAACUCCCCCACGCCAAACAGAACCAAAGAGACAAUUCCUGUCUACACUUGCUCCUCUUACCGCCUGCGUUGCUGGUCAAAAAGAUGACCUCUCUUCCUAUUACACCUUGGCGGCCGGCGAAGGACAUUCUCCAGCUAAUACACAUUUUGCUCAGUACAACAUGAGUGACAUGGAGCCGAUAUUAUGCAACGACGAGAUGAGAAAAGUGGCUCCCGACGUUAUUGCCGGUACACCAGGUCAGGAACAAGAUGAGCUAGCUGCUUUCGCUCAGCAAGAAUCCAAUCGCACUGAUAAAAUCAAAAAACGCUACACCAACGAAACCUCCAAUGCAAGCUCAGACGAUGACGAGCAAAAUGACUAUGGCUUUAAUAAGAGACCUUCUGUGCGUGGCAUCAAACCAAAGUUCAGUUCGACCAAUGAGAUUCUGCAACAAAUGCAAGAUCAGCUAAGUAAAACAAUGCCAAGUUUACAGAGUAAUACAUCUAUUAAAUCCUACACAUUGCCAAAACAAGCUUCUAGCAGCUCCAUAAAUAAACAAAUUCAAAAUGUCCAACCACAGAACCAACAACAACAGCAGCAACAACAACAGCAACAACAACAGCAGCAACAGAUUCCAGCUGGCACAGCUAUAUCACAACAACAAACCGAACGAACCUGGAGUUUCUAUGGUGAUCCGGAGCAACAACGCAUUCCCAUGGAUGGCAAUAUUCAUCCAAGCUAUUACCACACCAUGCCAACGGUAUUCCAACAGACAUUCCAGGGUCAAGAAGAGACUCUUAUGUAUCAGAAUUGUGUCACAAUGGAACAAUAUGGACGUUAUGCUCGAAGUCCUACUCGCCGACCAGAGUCACCGCCACCGCUUAGAAACUAUCAUCAGACAAUGGUGCUUAUACCGUGCAAUGCUGAAACUUACUCGCAGUUUGCUGCAACAACCGUUGACCCAAAAGUAGCUCAAAUUCAGAGGCAAAAUAUUCUCGAAUAUCAACAGGUAACUCAACAAACUAUCCGAGUUCCCAUUAGUUAUGCUCUACCUGCUAUGCAAUUGCAUGUAGUUGCUGGACGUGGCCAUAGUACUCAACAAUAUGUGCAGCAUCAACAACAACAGCACCUACCAUCACAACAACAACCUCAGCAGCGUGUACUAGCUCCCCGAUAUAGUAUACCGCAAGAUGGCAGUAUGGGCUUCAGUGAACGUGGUGUUCCAGAAGGUGCUGCAGCUGUUUCGCACACUGACUGCAAGGGUAUUAUAUCUCCAACAUCGCAAGCCAACCAACAACCAACUCAACAACAGCAGCAACAACAACAGCAACAACUACAACAGCAACAACAGCAGCAGCAGCAACAAAUGCCCAACUGCAAUCAGACAACGGUUACCUCCACAGGUCCUCCAGGAUCGGUAUUCUAUGCAAUGAAUGUAUGACCCGGAGGGGACUAGUCGUCCCAAUAGCGAUCUAGCUAACCCAACCAAAAGUGAGAAAACCAAAUAAAUUUAUUUAAACAAAAAAACUAAAAUUUAUUAAAACAAUAACAGCGUUUAAGGAAUUUAUUAAGAAUUUUAAAUAAGUUGUUAUAAAUAAAAAUGUAAAACCCUUAAACUGUGACAAAAUGCAAAAGAAAAACAAAAGGGUAUGAUUAUUGUAAACAAAUAAAUAUCCUGACAGAAAAACAACUCCACUAAAUAGCGGCAACAUUUUUGAUGCAAUCGUUAAAGAGCCAUGUCCAGUCCACGUCAACAAAAGCUUGCAACAAGGAUUCUAGUAGUUCUGGUUCCUUCAAAAAUGAACAUACCUAAUAUGAACACCGCCCGAGGAAUCAUAAAAAACAAAAUGAAUAACAAGAAAGGGCCUCAAGCCAUGUAAAAUAUAGAAUCCACUUUUGGGAGAUAGUUUAAAGGGUCAAAACCAGUGAUUAAGUUUUAUUUGUUUGUAAAUUUUAAAAAUUAAUACAACAAAACAACGGGUUUGAUUUUGACAACGCAAUGUUGGUGCAUUAAAAAUAUGAGAUUCCAUUGAUACAAUUUUAUUGCUAAACAAUUCAUAUACAUACUUAUAUAUUUUUUUUCAAUGCUUAAGUACUUAAUACUAAGUAGAUUUUGUAAAAAAAAUAAAACAAAAAAAUUGAAACCAAACAACCAAUUAUAUAAGAAUUGAUGAAUAUUUUUUAUUCAAAUUAUUAGUGCAAAAGUAUUAAAUAUAUAUGUAUUUUAUUUGUAAAGAAAAAAAAAAACAAAAUAAACGCUUAAUUUAAUCGCUAGUUUUAAUCAUUGAUGAGUGAAUUGUAGAUGUCUUAUGUUAUAUUGCAAAUAUUUAACAAUGCAAAAAUUAAACAAAAAAAUAAAUACUAUAUAUUAUAUAUAUUUACUUAGUAUUAUUAUUGUAUUAAAUUUAAUUGAAGAAGUGGUCUUAAAUUUAAAAAGAAAAAAGAAGAUGGCAUCAGAAAGUAAUCAAAAUUAGUUUUUGUUUGCAAUUAUUUAUGUUAUAUUUUUCAAAAUAAUUUAUUAAUUUAAUUAUUAAGUUAAAUUUGAUUGCGUGGUUAUUAAUAUUUUUGACUGAAAUUAGUAAUUAUUUAAUAAUUGAUAUUUAAAAAAUAUAAAUAUAUAUAUAUAAUAUAUUAGAAAAAUACAAAACAUAAAUGUUAUUUGCUAGCUUAAGAUUUAAAUGAAAAUAUUAUUUAUUUAUUUCUAUUCGCUUUGAUUUUAUAAAAAGACAAACAUUAGGGACGAUUUAAGUAAAACAUUACUUCCAUAAUUUAAAAAAUAUGAAGAACAAAUCUCAAUAAUUCUUAAUAUGAAACAUGAAUCAAUGUGUUAUUGUUAAAUUUGCUAUACAAGAGGAAUUAAUCAUUCUUUUUCAAAAAAAGUAUGUUAUCAUUUAAUUAUGGUAUGAAAAGAAAUUGGGAAAGUGAGAAGAAGUUCCAACUGCAAUUAUUAUCUUCUUAGUUUACUCAUUGAUUGACGAAAGACUUUUUUCCUUUACGAUUGUUGGACUGUAUUUCCAAAUUAAGAUUUAAACAGAGCUUGACGAACAAGAUCUAAGCAAGCUAUUCAAAUUCAUUUGACUUUUCGAAUAAUAUUUAAAGAAAAGCGAUGUGGGACUGUGUUGUCAAAAGUUUUAAGGCCCCUAUAGUUCUCUAAUAUCUUUCAUAUUUUCUUUUUUCACAUCCAUACCAUAUUUUCCUUGGACCAGAAAACACAUCUUGAUUUUUUGUUUUAUGUUUUAAAUAAAUCUAAAACAGAUUGUAAGACAUCUUAAUUAAUAGUGUUAUUUAUUGUGUUUUAAUUGUAUUUUUAUUAGUUUCAACUUUUAUUAAACUUUAUAUUGCUACCGAAUUAUGCUGUCCAAAAAAGUCAAUACAAAAAUCUAGACCAAAGGUUUAUUUAAUUAAUUGAAGUCACACCCGAUGCGUGAAAUAUUUGUAUCUCGCUUGUGCAAAGUCUGUUGGUUUAUCUUAUUGGAAAUGAAGAUUUUCCUCAAACAAUCCAGAAUUAUACACUUUGACGUAUACGUGCUUUUUUAAAUUUGUUUAAAGAGUUUCCUAAUUGAAAAACUUAGGUGUGUUGUUAUUUUACUUUGUUAAAAAGAGAAUCAUUUUGAAUUUUAAGAAACUUUGUACGAAGAGUUGAGGUCGAUAGCUUAUAUGAUGUGGUUUACUUGUCUCCAAGUUGUAGCUUAGUUUUACGAAAAUAAAAAAAUGACUAUAAGUUAUUUAGUUUUUAUUUUAAUUUUUUAAUUUUUAAUGUUACAACUUAUGUUUUGAUUUUUAUAUUCUAAAUCUACGACGAGUUUCGGGGAUGUUUCUCCAUCAUCGGGUGUAAUACAUUUAAAAUUGAAAAAUAAAAACAAAAAACAUAUUUAUUUGUUUAUUCUCGUAAAUCGAUAGCUUAAUUCUGCCACCAAGUUCAUGUUAUUCCGAGUAAUCGUUUGUCUUUGUUUAUAUGUUAGCUUAUAAUUGUGGUUUUAAACAAUCGUAGUCAAAAAAAUGGCUGCCAUGCCCUCUAAAAAUCUACAAUAUUUAUUUUGAACGUUUUAUGUAGAUUUGUUUUACUGUUUUCUUCUAAAGAUCUUGCUUUUAAAUGUUAAUUUAUUCUUUCCCCAUCAACUUGACAGUAAUCGUUCGUUAAAAUAAAAGUUCACUAAGUUCACUACAUACGCAAAUCACUGACUUUUUGCCUCUUUGCACACAAAAAUUAUAAAAUGUGCCAAAAAAUAAAUAAUUUAUUUAAAAUGUAAUAAGAAGUCAGAAACUGAAGAAUAAGAAUUCAAUUUUGUUACAAGAUAUUACAAGAUAAGACUUCGAUUAGCAGUGUUAAACUUGUUUAUGGAUAGGUUGCAGUUUUUGUGUCGCUUCCUUUUGUUUCAAUAAAACACCUGUUCACAAACCGUUUACUGUAUACUAAAAGCUCAAAUCACCUAGCGGGCAAGAUGCCCUACAAAUUCCAUUAAAUACAAAUUUUGUUUCCAAAUUUGAAUACUUUUAUGUGCAGGAAGUUUAAGGAAGUUUUUUUUUCAAUUUUUGUUUGUCAAACUUUUUUUAUCCAGCUACAUUCAAAUGAAUAUCAGAAGUGUUUUCUGAAUUAUUUACAACAAGCAAACAUUUUGAUCGGACUUUACUGGUUUUGCUUUUCUUUUAGACAGGAUUUAAUACUCUUAUAAAAAAAAACAGAUAAUUAAACACAAUUUCGUUACCAAAACAUCAACUUUGUCAAAAAAAAAACAAAUAGCUGUCACUAUCAGAUUUUCAACAUAAAUGAAAAAUGGAAAUCUAUAAUAUCGAAACAAACUUAAUUAAAAAAAAAUCACAUAAUACAAAAAUAACAAUAUUUUUACUAUACUUAGUAAUUUCACUACAGUGUAGUCAUUAUUUAAAUAAAACUUUUUAACUUAAUCACAUUGAGUAUUAUUAUGGAAAAAUAAUGAAAAGAAAAUUUGAAACAAAUGUAAACUUAAAAUUACUCUGAAAGAAAAUUGAAAUAAAUUACAAAAUUGUUCUGAAAAUAAAGAAAAAAAAAUAAAACUCAAAAUAAGAAAAAAAAAAAAACUUUAAAUAUUCUUUUUCUUUCUUAAUCACAUAAGAAACACAAAAAUAAUAAUAAAUAAAUAACAAAGAAAUAAACCAAAAAACUCAUUUAAUGUUAGCUCCGUUGUAGAUCGUAAUAAUGUAAUUUAUUAUCAGCAUACGUAUACAUAUAACAAACAAAAAAAUUAAAAAUAAUAACUAUUAUAUUAUAUACAGACCAUAGUAUAUAAAAAUAUAUAUAUAUAUAUGUAGAAAGUAUAUUUCACAUACAUAAGUAUAUAUAAAAAAUACAAACAAAAAAUUCAAGUCAACCAAAAAUGUAACCGAAUUUUGAGAUAUCGAAUAUGCAAAUAAUAUACAAAACAAAAAUUAUAAUGAAUUAUAAAUAUUUAAAACUAAAAUUAAAAAAAUAACUAAGUUAUUAUAUACAUACAUACUUAUUAUUAAAAAAAAGAAGACAGGAGGAAAGAAAUUGCUAGAAUAUUUUAGAAAUGAUAUGUUGAAUUCUUUUUUUUUAAUUAUUUUGUUAAGUACGUAAACGAAAUUAAAUAAAAUUUUGACUGAGCAAAUGACUCGUAAAACAUAAAAAUAA